AUGGCCUCAAGGUUCAAUUGGUGUCCGAUUUCACCCGCAUGGCACUACCGGCAGUGUCUCGGACGGUAUUAUUCUCAGGGGAAUCCAUUCAGUGCUGUUGUGGAGCGCCGGAUUAUCCCGACACCAACCAGCCGGAGGGGCAGAAAUGACAGCGAUCACCGCCUCCAGAGGCGUCGACGGUUGGAACUGCUUGCUUUCCUUGCGUCGUCCAAGCACGAGCCUUCCCGGAAUAUCUUAGACCUGCUUCCGACAUUUCAUCUCCUGAGGCCCCAAUCAUCUUCCUCCUCAUCCUCAUCCCUUACACAGCUUACAUCGUCCGCUUGCCCCUCCAAUCAACUAGUAUACAUUAUGGCUUCACCUCAAAAGGGUAUAAAGACCCCAACUUCCCCCAGCUCUAAUCGUCGACCAUCAGUCUCGACCAGCGCAUCUCGUCCUGUCCACUUCAAGAACAUCUUCACUUCCUCUACCGCUUUACUCAAAACCCAGCCUUUCAAGAAAGAAAUGGUUUCUGACACUGUCAAUCGUACCUCCCUUCACCCCGGAGGUGUCCAGUAAGCCCCCCCUCGAUUCUCUCUCUUUGAAUAAGCUCUUCUCAGAGCUUUCGCUAUCACUCGAAAGCACCCAACUCCCGCCACUCGUCGUUUAUUGGCAUUGAGCAUUUCUGACGUCAGAAUUACAGGCCUACCCGUGAGCAUACGGAAAUUGAGGAGGAGCUCCAUGACAAAGCUAAUAUCGACUAUGAUCGUGUUGCUAUUGUGUGUCUCCAACCCGAUACCUGUGCGGCCGAGUUGAAGUUGGACACUUGAGGUGGCGAUUCCCGCACAAAGUGUCCAACCGCCACUCGGCCACGCUGGUAUCCCCUUUUGAAACAAACAGCUCGAAAUUAACAUUGCCCAAAGAUCCCAAAUGCCUCGGUAGCUGCUCUCUAUGAAGAUGCUCUCGUCUACGAAACUGGCUCCGCAAUUACAUCAUCCGGUGCCCUGACCGCAUACUCCGGGGUGAAAACCGGCCGUUCUCCCCUCGACAAACGCAUUGUCAAGGAGCCCACAUCGGAAAACGAGAUCUGGUGGGGCCCCGUGAACAAGCCAAUGCACCCCGAUGUAAGCGAGCCCCGCAUUUUCCCUCUCACUUUCAGGGUUUUUAGCAGGAGACUAGUUCGACUAAUCACGUGAUCAUGACGUUUUAGGUGUGGAGGAUCAAUCGUGAGCGUGCCGUCGAUUACCUGAACACUAGGAAUAGGAUCUACGUCGUUGAUGGUUACGCCGGAUGGGAUGAUCGUUACAGAAUCAAAGUCCGUGUUGUUUGCGCUCGCGCAUACCACGCUUUGUUCAUGAGAAACAUGCUCAUCAGGCCCAGACCUGAAGAGCUAGUCCACUUUGAGCCCGAUUAUGUCAUUUACAAUGCUGGGUCUUGUGAGAAAAUCUUUCUUUUCCGGUCUGGAAUGAGUGGGCGUUUGCUGACAUCAAGCUAGUCCCCGCAAACAGAUAUACCGCUGGAAUGACAUCUUCGACUUCCGUUGCGAUUAACUUUGGUGAGAAGGAGAUGGUUAUCCUUGGCACUGAGUAUGCCGGCGAGAUGAAGAAGGGUGUUUUCACCAUCCUGUUCUACGAAAUGCCAGUCAAGCACAAUGUUCUCACCCUCCAUUCCUCCGCCAACGAGGGCCAGGAAGGAGAUGUCACUUUAUUUUUCGGUCUUUCCGGAACAGGAAAGACGACACUGUCAGCCGAUCCUAACCGAGCGUUGAUUGGUGACGAUGAGCACUGCUGGUCGGACAGGGGUGUUUUCAACAUUGAAGGCGGUUGCUAUGCCAAGUGCAUUGGUCUCUCGGCUGAGAAGGAGCCGGAAAUCUUCGGCUCCAUUCGGUUCGGCUCGGUUCUUGAGAACGUCGUUUUCAACCCGGAAACCAGAGCGGUCAACUACGAUGAUUGCACCUUGACCGAGAAUACUAGGGCUUGCUACCCUAUUGAGUACAUUCAGAAUGCCAAGAUUCCUUGCAUCGCUGACUCUCACCCAUCCAACAUCAUCCUUCUGACAUGCGACGCGAGAGCCGUGCUCCCGCCAAUCAGCAAAUUGAACAAUGCCCAGGUAUGCAUCACCGUAUCUUUUUUUCGCUUUGAAGAGUUUUCACUAACCGUAAUUCCAGACCAUGUACCACUUCAUUUCCGGCUAUACCUCAAAGAUGGCUGGCACUGAGGAUGGUAUCACAGAGCCACAGGCCACAUUCUCCGCAUGCUUUGGCCAACCCUUCCUUGCCCUGCACCCCAUGAGAUACGCUAGGAUGUUGUCAGACAAGAUCACCGAGCACAAGGCCAAUGUCUGGCUCUUGAACACCGGUUGGGUUGGCGCCAGCGCUACCAAGGGUGGUAGGCGUUGCCCUCUGAAGUACACUCGUGCCAUCUUGGAUGCCAUCCACUCUGGUGAGCUUGCGCAGCAAGAGUAUGAGACCUACGAGACCUUCAACCUCCAGGUCCCCAAGACUGCCCCUGGUGUCCCCGAUCAAUUCUUGAACCCAUGCAAGAGCUGUAAGUCCCACCCAACUCUGACACGUAUUUAUGCUUUGCACAUUAGCUUACAAUGUUCCGCAGGGUCUGGCGAUGCCACCGACUUCCAAGAUGAGGUUAGGAAGCUUGGCCAGCUCUUCAGAGAGAACUUUGCCAAGUACGAGGACGAGGCAACCCAAGAUGUUAAGGAGGCAGCUCCUGUCGUAUAAGCCUAGGGUGUCUUGUUCUAAAAGAACGAUUGACUUGGUUUGACAACUGGAGGCAGUUGUGGAACAUAGAUGCAUGGAUUUCGCUUUUAUUUUAUUUUGUUGGGUAUGAUUGAUGGAGGAUGAAAGAGCGUACAGAUUUCCUUUUGCUUUUUUCUUUCUUUUCUUCUUAAUGUUAAUUUUUUAUUCCCUUUCACAAUUUUUUUCCUAGGUCAAACCGGCGUUUAAAAAAUUUCACUACUGUUGUAUAUUCAAAGUGGGGUGGUUGUCAUUGUUAGUACAGGAAGUUGAAU